AGUGUAGAAUGACUUGGUGUGCUGCUGAAGAAUGAGUCUGUGUUGCAGUGAGGGGAGCAGCUGAAGAAAGAAUACAGAGAAAACCUAAAUCACAUUGUCCGGAAGAGGCAACGGCGCACGAAAGAUGAAGUAGAUGACCGAGACGUGGACACCGUAAUGAACGAACCCACCGCAGAACUCGGGGAUGCACAUGGGCCCCUCUUGCAGGGACUGUGGGAGAGCGUGAGAGUGGGGCAGCAGCAGAUCGUGCUCUCUCCUUACCUGGCCGCAUCCUGCGCCUUCCUGACUCACCUGGCGUUCUGCGCACCUUUCUUCGUGCUGGACGCGCUGGGGAGCGUGUGUCAGCGCGUCCGCUCGUGGAGGAUCGCGGCGGGCUCGGGCCCCCCGCCGUCCCUGCGCCGGUGGUUCGAGUGCUUCUGCAGUAUCCUCUUCAAAUACACCACAGCGGUGCUGCCCGCCGCGGCGCUCCUCCAGCUGCUGCGGAGCCCCAACUUACCGGAGCUGGCCCCGUCCUGCUGGCAGCUGUUUGUGGAGGUGGUGGCAUGCUUCCUGCUAUUUGACACGCUCUUUUUCAUAUGGCACUACUCUAUGCACAGGGUUCCCUGGUUGUAUCGCACCAUCCACCAGAUGCAUCACCAGCACCAUGUGCCUUUUGCCUUAGCAGCCCAGGAUGCGAGCUCAGCUGAACUCCUGUCACUGCUGCUGCUUGCUCUGAGCAGUGCCUGGUUGCUGGGCUGCCACCCUCUCAGUGAAACCCUCUUUCACUUCCUCAACAGCUGGCUGGCAGUGGAGGACCAUUGUGGCUACAACCUGCCCUGGGCUCUACACAAACUACUUCCCUACAUGGGAGGAGCCCCUUACCACCAAACCCAUCACAAGAAACAGAGCAUCAACUUCGCCCCCUACUUUACCCACUGGGAUUACCUUUUUGGUACUUACUGUAAAUCAGCACUGGAUUUUCAUUCAGAAUGAGACAUUUCUGUGCAGUUAUGAACAGAAAUGUAUGUAAUCUGAAGUUAAAGACAAACGAGGAGAAAUCAAAUUAAUGAACCUGAGAAAACAGCUUAACUGAUAUGCUCUUAUGACUUUGCAUUUAUCUGUGUGUGUUUGUGCAAUUAGGAGAGUGGUUAUCGUCAAGUACUCAUAUGAAGGCAUAUUUUGUUUGACUUUGGCAUGUUUCAUUGCAUGGGGAAAAAGACGUGUGAGCUCUCCAGGAAGAUGAGCAAAUGCAGCUAAUUUGGGUGAAGAAAAAAAUCCUAUUACUUCUUCAACAUUACUGAUAUUUUUGGAUUGUGCAUCUAAAACAGUAAAUGAGAGCACACUAUAUAUAUAUAUAUGUCUAUAUCCAGGGGUGAAAGUAUUAAAUUCUUGCCUGUAC